AUGGAGAUAAGAAAGCCUCCUGUAUCUGCUAGAGGUCCUUACAGGUCAUAUGACACAGAUGACCUUACUAGAGCCUUCCUUGCUGUGAAAAAUAAGGAAUUGUCUAUAAGAAAGGCUUCAGUAAUAUAUGGAGUACCUUUUGCAACACUUGCAGAUAGGAUUGCUGGACGGAUCAGUGUGGACACUGUCAAGUCAGGGGUGUUCCCACUCUUUAGUCAGGAGCAGGAGUCUCUUCUGGCUCAACAUCUUAACACUAUGGCUGAAGUGGGAUAUGGUUAUACCCGCCAGGAAACCAUGAAUUUAGCCACAGAUUAUGCCAUUGAACUUGGAUUGAGAACAAAGGAUGAUAGACAUGUGUCUGACAAGUGGCUUUACAAUUUCUUGGGACACUGGCCAGAACUUAAAUUGAAAAAGCCUAGAGCAUUAGAGAUUGCCAGAGCAAAGAGUGCAACUAGAGAUGCAGUUGACAAUUAUUUCACAGAACUUAAAAGAAUUUUAGUGAAAUAUGAUCUUGAAGAUAAACCGAACAGAAUCUUCAAUAUGGAUGAAAAAGGACUGAAUACUGAACAUAAGCCACCAAAGGUUGUCGCUGGAAAAUUUAACAAGACACAGGCUGUAACUUCAGGCAAGUCCAAGACAACUACUGUCAUUGGGUGUGUCAACGGGAUUGGACAACAGGUUCCGCCCUUUUUCAUUUUCCCAGGUGCACGCAUGAUUGAUGGAUUGAUGGAAGGCUCUACUCCAGGAUCAAAGGGCACAGUCUCACCAACUGGAUGGUCAAAUACUGAAAUUUUCUGUCAGUACAUGAAAGACCAUUUGCUGAAAUACCUUCCUUCACGUGAUAAUGACUUUGUGCUAGUCCUGUAUGAUGGUCACAACUCACACUGCUCUCUUGGACUGAUAGAAUGGGCCAAGUCAGAGAAAAUCAUAUUGUUUGUGUUGCCGCCUCACUGUUCACACAUCCUCCAGCCCCUUGACGUGAGCUGUUUUGGCCCUUUCGAGGUUGCCUGGAAUUCUGCUUGCCAGAAGUACAUGAGAGAGUCAGGCGGGCGAUUGAUAACCAGAUAUGAUGUCUGUCAACUAGCCUGCAAGGUAUAUUCAUCUACCCUCACUGUGCCAAAUAUUGUUGCUGCUUUCAAGAGAUGCGGAAUCCAUCCAUUCAAUUCAGCAGUUGUCAGUGAUUCAGUAGUAGCACCAGCCACGACCUUCAAAUCCCAGAAUCCUCCACCCACAGAAAGUUCAGGAAACUCCAAUGUGCCAAACUAA